UUCGCACGCAAUUCGAAAUUUGAAACUCCAACGGUCGUCUCUUCUGUCUAACGGCAAAUUUAAUGUGUGUGAUCGAGCGUUUAGAGGAAUGAAACAGGAAUUUCCUUUCUAAAAAUUCUCUCUCUAAAAUCUUCGUGGUUCUUUCGAUUUUGCUUUCACUCUUUCAUCUCUCUCUGAAGCCUGUUAUUCUGAUCGCGUUGGUCUCUCUCUCCUCUUUCUCUUAGUCUAUUUCUCUCUCUACCCCUCUCCCUUAGGUUUGUUUCUCUCUCCACCGUAAAUACUGUAAAUCUGCAUCUGGCAAUGGAAGAAUGUUGGAACGAUCCCCUUCUAUUUACAGACGUUUCUUGCCAGGAAACAAGCUUCCAAAAAUCAAGAGGCCAGGAUCAUAUCCCAAAUGGGUGUACCAUGGGUGGAUUCUCCCUCACUUGUCCAGAUCUAGUGAUUUGUGCUGGCUCUCUUGAAAACCAUGGUGAUGAAUUCGAAGAAACCCCAGAAUUCAUAAAGAGAAAAGACACCCCAGAAUUCAUAAAGAGAAAAGUUCGCAUAUGUGAGCUAUCACCUGAAAAAAGAAGCCAUUGUCCUGAAAAUUUGAAUUCUAUAUCAUCAGAAAGCCGGUGGAGCAUAGCUGAGAUUACCACUGCAAUGUUUCCUGAGGUGGAAUCACCAGGAAAGUCCAGAAAUUUAGAAUCUUCACUCAAGCUUAUUGAGAAAGAAAACCCCAAUAUUUUGGAAAAGUUCCGGCCAUUAAUAAGCAUUAAUGCUGGAGAAAAUCACAGGACUGUGAAUUCUAAUGGGGUUGAAUUCGAAGAAGAUGAGUUCUUCCAUGGUGGUGAUACUAUUAGAACAGAUGCAAAAGUGCGAGCAAUUGAAGGAGAUGAGAGCAUCACAUUGUAUCAAACAGCUCGAUUAGGGAAUUUCUCAUAUGGGUUUCGAUCCCUCCCCCCAGGCAAUUACCAUAUUGACCUGCAUUUUGCUGAGAUUAUAUUUACAGAAGGCCCUCCUGGUAUGCGUGUAUUUGAUGUCUAUAUUCAAGAAGAGAAGGCUUUAGAUGGUAUUGAUAUAUAUGAAAAAGUGGGUUCUAAUUCACCAUUGGUUAUAUAUGAUCUCGUAGCCGUGGUAAAGGGUGAGGAGGGCCUUUCUAUUAUAUUUGAAGGGGUUAUUGGGAGCCCCCUUCUCUCUGGCAUCUGCAUAAAGGAAAACAUAUCUCCAGGACAUGUACUUCAAAGACAAGCAACCCAUCAUGUUUCUUCAACUGGGGAGCAAGUUCAAGGAGAAACCCAAAUGCUAGAACAAAUAGUUUUAAGAGCUGAAUGCAAAGUCUGUAAUUAUUGCGGACAAAAUGAAGGGAUCAAUAAGAUCAAAAGAGAGUAUGAAUUACUGCAAAAAGAAUGUCAACAAGCCGUAACGGCUUUGGAAGAAUAUAGAAAUGAGUAUGAAUUGAAGAAUAAAGAAUGCAAUGAAGCACAGACAUCUUUACAACGACUCCGAGAUGAACUUAUGCGCAAGUCCAUGCAUGUUAGUUCCUUAGCCUGUGCUGUAGAGGGGCAAGUUAAUGAACGCAAAGACCUUUUGGACCAGCACGAAAAUGAAAGGAACCACUGGAUUGCUUCUCUCAAAGAGCUGGAUGAGAAAAUCAAGUACCUGAAGAUGGACCAUCUCCGCUUAUCAAAGGAGGCUUUAGAUUGUAAAGGGUUUCUAAAUGAUAUAACAAAUAUGAAUUCCAUCAUCCAUUCUACAAUGAUUCAACACUCGGACCUAGAAAGAGAACAUAAAGAUCUCAAGGUCAAAUUCAAUGAAGGGGCAAAGGAAAAGAAACAACUUUACAAUAAAAUCCUUGAAAUGAAAGGAAAUAUUAGAGUCUUCUGCAGAUGCCGACCUCUAAAUUCUGAAGAGAUUGCAUCUGGAGUUUCAAUGGCGGUAGAUUUUGAAGGUGCUAAAGACGGAGAGAUUUCUGUCAAAGCUAAUGGAGGACCCAAGAAGGUGUUCAAGUUUGACUCUGUGUUUGGCCCACAAGCCGAUCAAGUUACUGUUUUUGAGGACACUGCACCCUUUGCUGCAUCUGUUUUGGAUGGGUACAAUGUCUGUAUAUUUGCUUAUGGACAAACUGGGACUGGGAAAACAUUCACAAUGGAGGGUACAGAGGAAGACAGAGGAGUCAACUACCAAACCCUUUAUGAGCUUUUUCGCAUAAUCAAAGAAAGGAAAGGGUUCCUUAAGUAUGAAAUAUCAGUGAGUGUCCUGGAAGUCUAUAAUGAGCAAAUUCGAGAUCUUCUUGCUUCCACUUCACAACCAGGGCAAACUGCAAAGAGAUUGGAAAUCAGGCAAGUUGCAGAGGGAGUUCAUCUUGUUCCAGGACUUGUCGAAGCACAUGUAAUUGACAUGAAUGAGGUUUGGGAAGUUUUACAAACUGGGAGCAAUGCAAGAGCCGUAGGUUCAACUAAUGCUAAUGAGCAUAGCAGCCGCUCCCACUGCAUACACUGUGUAAUGGUGAGAGGGGAGAACCUAAUUAAUGGGGAAUGCACAAGAAGCAAGCUAUGGUUGGUUGAUCUGGCUGGAAGUGAGAGAGUGGCCAAGACUGAUGUUCAGGGAGAGCGAUUGAAGGAAGCCCAGAACAUAAACAAAUCUCUUUCAGCUCUUGGUGAUGUAAUAUCAGCUCUUGCCACUAAAAGCCCACACAUACCUUUCAGGAAUUCCAAGCUAACCCAUUUGCUUCAAGAUUCAUUAGGAGGAGAUUCCAAGACACUGAUGUUCGUGCAGGGUAGCCCAAGUGAGAACGAUGUAAAUGAGACACUCUGUUCCCUGAAUUUUGCGAGCAGGGUGAGAGGGAUCGAGCUCGGCCCUGCUAAGAAGCAAUUUGAUAACAGCGAGUUGUUUAAAUAUAAACAGCUGUCUGAGAAGGCCAAGCAAGACAUUAAGAGCAAGGACGGGCAAAUAAAGAAACUGGAAGAGACAAUUCUCACUCUGGAAUCAAAGAUAAAGUCCAGAGAUGCUAACACUAAGAACUUACAAGAAAAGGUGAAGGAAUUGGAGUCACGGGUAGUGAUAGAAAGAGAAAGAAAACCAGCAAGGCAACAAACUGACUUCAAGCUCGUAGAGGCUCCUAAGCUUCUUCAGGUUACAUCCAAACAAUUGGCAAACUCUAAGAACAACUCCGAACCCUUCGAGGUCAUAACCAACAUUAUCCAACCCUUGGCUGAGAACAACAACAAACCCCCACAUAAUAUAGAGACAAAAAACAGAGCUAAUAGUGAUAACUUAUCCAACUGUUUUCCCAUACAAAAGGAGAACAAAUCUGAUAUUACUGAGCAGCUGCCAAGAACUGGCCGCGCUUCUCUUUGUCCCACUGCCCGUCGAAUACCGAUAACUCCAGCUCCUCGACGAAUGUCUCUCAUCCCUCUGGCCACAAUGAAAACUGCACCACCUCCUCCACCAUUAUUGCCAACAACUACUCUCUCUGACCCCCCUCUCUCUCAUCCCUCUCUCACUAACCCACCUCUCGCCCACCCCUCUCUCUCUAACCCACCUCUCACUCAUCACACCCUACACGAUACUUCUCCAUUCUUAGUGGAUUGUAUAGAGGAGGCAACUGAUGAGAUGAAUGAUACAGAUCAAAUGAUGAGUGGUAGAAUAAAGGGUCUAAGGAGCAGUGGGGUUAAAAUUAACAGUUUACUUAGGAGAAGCCUUCAUAAGAAGUUGUAUGUGAAAUCUCCUUUGCAGCAUAGAGUGAGAAGAGAGGAAAGAGGAGUUAGAGUAUCAAUUGGUGGCCGGGCCCAGAGAGUUUUGUUGGGAGGUGGUAGCAAGUUGGCAAGGGCAGUGCAACAAAACAAGCAACAUCAGAGGGAGAAGGAGAGGGGAUGGAAUCAUGGGACUUCAAAAAAUGUCAUCUGAUAUAGCAAAAACAAAUCUUUCUCUCUCUCGUGUGUUUUGAGUGUAAAUUUUACUGACUUGGGAGGCUUCUUGCCAUGGUGAAAAUAGGCAUCUCUCUCUCUGAUGUGUGUUUUUUAGUGUAAAUUUUACUGACUUGGGAAGCUUCUUGC